AUGAGCUCCCCAGGAACCGCCGCCGAAGCCGCUCCGCCCGCCGAGGUGAUGACAAUCGCCACCCCCAUCAACCUGAUCUUGCUGUCCCUCUUCAUUGUCCUCGUCUAUAUGCAGCUCCGUCCUAAGAGCCCCGUCUCCUUGCCCAAGGGCCCCCCUCCCGUCGUCUUCCGCACCUUUACCCCAACCACCCUCCUCCCGUUCAAUGGCGUCGAUGAUCAACCUGUUUAUCUGGCUGUUCGCGGCCGUGUAUUCGACGUGACCCCCGGCAGGAACUUCUACGGCCCGGGCGGACCGUAUGAGAAUUUCGCCGGCCGCGACGCAUCCCGAGGCCUGGCUCACCAGAGCUUUGACGAGGAGAUGCUCACGAAGGAUCUGAAUGGUCCCCUGGACGACCUGAAGGAUCUGGACGCCGAACAGCUGGAAAACCUGCAGUCCUGGGAGGAGCGAUUCCUUGAGAAGUAUCUGGUGGUGGGUAAGUUGGUUGCGGAGGGAGAUGCUGAAGCCCCGAAGUCGUGA